UGUUUGUCUACUGCGAGUCAGUGCGCAUGUCAAGUUGAAAAUUGCAAAUGGCGGCCGUUGUUAUUGUUCGUACCGAAUUAACUAUUUGUAAAUUAUAUACCAAUCUUUUUAGCGAUUUUUCUAAUGGACUGUUAUAUUGAUGCGAUGCUUUAACUUCUCAUAAUUCGGCGCGACACGUUUUAUGUACGUUUUUAAGUGUUUUUAGUGUUUUUUUGCUAUUUUAUGUGUGUCAUGCAAAUGGGGUAAGCUGGAUUUAUCGGAUGUCGCUUAGGUUGUUUUGGAUAGUUUCAAUAAGAAAAUGGAGUGAAGUUCUGUGACCUAAAGUGUUAAAAUGGAUACUGCAUAAAGUAUUUCAACUAUCCCUCUAGUAUUAGGGUGUAGCGAGAGACGGGAGCGGCUGUAAUUUACGUAUGUUCCAUGCUGUGACUGUUCUCCCCGUACAUUUCAAAAUGGCUGCUGCUCUUCACGAUAUAUGAGCUUUGCGUCACUGGAAUAUAAUUCAGUGGAUUUGAUUCGUGAUGACAUUAUAGUGUUUCUAGUCGUGUGAUCGUCUGUGAAAAAGCGAAAAUAAGUCUUGGACGGUUCCCCGGGUGCACCAGAACCGGGACAGUAGUGGUGUGUCAUAUGUUUUUGGUGUAAAGUGGACACUGACCAUAGGACCGAUAUUGCUUUGCGUCCGAGCCGGACGGUAAUGUUGCGCUUGAUUUUCCAUCAUGAUUUGGGACACAAGGGAAUAGAAAUUGUGUGGAAUUGAGCGGAAUGUGACAUUGUAUGAGAGCAUGGCAGCGGACAGCGAUGGGCUAGGCUCGGCGGGCGGCGGUUCUUGCGGCGUGGUGGUGACAUGCGAGGGCGACUUGCGCGACCCGCGUUUCCCUGCGCGCCUGCGCCGGUUGUUGCGCGAGUUGCGCGCUCUGCUCGCCGAGCCGCAUCCGCACACGCUCAAAGUUAACAAGGUGGAGCCUUGGAACUCUGUGCGCGUAACGCUGUCGGUGCCGCGAGCAGCAGCCGCGCGGUUGCGUGCGCUCGCGGCGGCGGGCGCUCCGCAACUGAGGGCGCUCGGCAUACUCUCGGUACAGCUGGAUGGUGAUGCCGCCGUGUCGCUGCGGCUGCAGCACGGAGCCGAGCUUAGGAUUAACACCGAUCCUGAUGACGCGAGUACAUCAAGAUCGCAGCCGAACGCGGAGCUGCUGGCGGGCCUGGGCGGGCUGGGCCGCAUGCUGGGCGAGGCGGAGGCGGGCGCCAGUGCCGACACGCCCGCCCCCGCCCCCGACAGCUUCAAGUCCCCCAACACCGUCUGCCCCAUGGACGGCAAGAUCCCCCAUAACAUUCCCACGCACUCCGCCGACCGCUGCGAGUUCCCCUUCGGCAGCAUGACGCAGGCGAGGGUUAUACAUCGCAAGGAGAAUACUUUAGGUUUAAGCGGUCCCCCAGCUAGCAUAAGGCCGCAAGCGGACGGGCCGUUCGCGCGGCCGUCCACUUCGGCGUUCCCUGGCCCUCCGCCGCCUUACCCCGCGGCUUCCCCGCAGCCGCCCUCCGCCCCCGCCACCCCCGGGCCGCCGGCCACGCCCCCCACGGUCGCCAUGUCCUCCCCGCUACUCGUCAACCUGCUGCAGAACGACGCGCCCGCGCCGUCACCCCGCCCCAAGCCGCCGCAACAUCCCGCCAAGCUGGAUAGGCUAGAAGAUGGACAGGUGGAAUUAGCAGUGGGUCGACCACCGUUCGCGGAGUACCGCACACCACGCACUCCCGCGCCCAUGGCGGCGCCCGUGCGCUCCCCCCUCCCCGCGCCCUGCACGCCCCCCGCCUCCCCCGCGCCGCGCCCCGCCCCGCGCCCGCCCGCCUUCGUGCGCCGCCCCGCCCCGCCCGCGCCGCCGGCUCCUCCCCCCCGGCCACAACCUCCCCAGCCCGCGUACCGAGUACAGAUGGCCGGCGGAGGCCGCCCGGGAUACACGGCCACGUUCCCCGCGCCGCCGCCGUACAGGCAGCAGCUGACGCGGCCGCUGCGACCGCCGCCGCAGGUGGCUCAGCACUCGAGGGUUACGCCUGAAGACCUACAGGCGUUACUACCGCCCCCUACGGCCUCCAUGGAUCAGAAGACGCAGUCUAGUUUCCAGGAGUUCCAGAGGUAUCAGCAGCAAUACAUAGCGAAGCAGCGGGCAGCAUCCCGAGCGAGUUCGCAACCCGACUGGAACGAGCCGUACCGGGACUCGCUGUCGUUACUGGACCUACCUGACAGUGACCUGGAACACCUCAUGCCGACGCUUGGCGACGACCUCAACCUCGACGAGAGCGCGUUCUCCGCCAUCUCGGAGCUGGACGCCAGCGCCAAGCUCGACAUGCUGCUGUCGGGCAACAACGCCAACAACAACACGCCCGACUCCGUGCUCCAGGACAUCACCGGGGACCAGUACUCGACCGCCGGCUACGAGCCGCAACAACGCCACGACGUGCCUUCUAAGUCUGAGUUCGAGGGACCGGACGCCUUCAUGCCGCCGCCGCCCGUGCCGCACCACUCCAACAAGUUCCGGCGGCUCGAGCCCGACGCCGAGCACGCCCCGCUCGCCUCGCCGCCCGCCGCGCUGCCGCCCGCCGACCUCCCGCCCGGCGCCGCGCAGCCGCAGCCCAACGCGCAGUACGCGGCGAUGCCCCUGCCCAACUCCGCGCCGCACCUGCAGAAUGCCAUGCGGGCGACGCAACAUCCGCCCAACGCCGCGCAACAACAGGCAAACGCCGCGCAACAUCCGCCCAACGCAGUCCUACACACGCAGAAUGCCGCGCAACAUCAGAAUGCGUCGCCGGCCUUCAAGUCGCCACCCUCCAGCGCCAGCCAGGCGAUGCCUCCUCCCCUCAAGCUGCCCAUACGAGCCACCACCUCCGUGGCCACCGCUACUGUCGGCUCGCAAGCCUCGGCGCAGGAAAUCGAGGAACAGAGCAAGCAAUACCUUAUCAAAACCCUCAUGAGGGACGAUGACGUACCGCCUCCGAAAGAACAGGAGAAGAAAGUCGAAGAGGUGACGGUCGCCAACUGCGAAGUAAAAGAAGGCACGGUAGAAGCCGCGCCCGAGAUGUUCGGCAUCGCCAAGUCGACCACAGACGAGGACACGCGGAGAGCUGACGACGAGCUGAGGAUGAGAAAUAAGCUCGCCAAGAAAGAGCGAGACGACAAACUCGCGCAGAAAGGCGGGAAGCCGCGAACUGUCGGCGCCAAAGAGAAGCCCGCCACGCUCAAGGACAAGAUAGUCCGCGACAACAAGUCCACCAAAGUUGCCUUAGCGCGGCCGCCGCCGCUCAAGCUGCCCGCGCCCAGCCUCGACGCGCCCAAGUCGCCGCAGACUGAGAAGGAGUCCAUCAAGCUGAGGCUCAAGCUCGACAAGAACGAGCCAGUCGUGCAGACGGUAUAUAAGGCGGACAUCAGCUUCGUCAACCAACAGAAGGGCGACAAGCCCACUGACGGUGAACUCAGGGUUCCACCUCUGCAUAUAAGUCUACGAGGUCGGAAUUCCGCCGUCAUAAAGAAUUCUAAAAAAGAAAAGAAAAAGUUCGGGCCCGGCGACCUACAUACGAAGAAGAUUAAAAUCAGGAAAUCUUCCGAAUCGGAUGACAAGUCACAUCGGAGGGACUCCGACGAAUCGAUCGCCUCAAAAUCUAGUGAAAGCACUGAGAACAAGACUGAUGAUGAGUAUUUAAACGCGAAAGGCAUUAAGCUCAACAAUCACUACGAAACCGAUGGCGUUAAAACUGAAAUAACUGGCGACAACAACGUUGUGUAUAGGAUGAAAACUAUAUCCAAGAACGCCCACAUAGUCACCAAGUCGCACGACUAUAAACUCAAUAACAAAGUGCCCAGCUUAGAUCCCAAAGUCAAAAAGAAACUAAAAAUACUCAGCGACAGCGGCAAAUCGUCGGACAAGGAGCGAGACAAAGAAUGGAGGAACGACACGUUAGACAAGGAAGGGAAAUACGCUCAAAACGAGGGCUACAGAGAGCCCAACAACCACGAGGCGAAGAAAAAGUUACCUACUCCUAAAGCGGACUUGAAAUGUGAUAGUGUGAAGUCAGAGGGGAAAACAGUGCAAUCAGACGUUGAUAGUGAAUGUAAAACCGGUGCUAGUGAGUUGGACAGUAGGUUGGUGAAGUGUCAAAAGGACCUCGAGUGGACGCUAAGCGGCGACGUGCCCAACAGCCCGCACUUCGCGGACUCGCGGCACGUUGCCGAAGACGACAAUAACUUGAAACGGACAGUCGCCGAAAGUGCUAUUACCUCACCCAACGGCCUGCUCGCCUCCGACAAGAAGAGGAAGCUCAGCCACAGUUCCUGUACAGAGCCGCCGGGGUCUACGAACGUGGGCACGAUACCGACGCGAGGCGCCGAGUCGCCGCCCGCGUCCCCGCGCCGCAAGGACCGGCCCAAGGACAAGUCCUACUGCAAGCUGGUGGCGGAGCGAGCCCGCCCCGACGCCGACAAGUUCGGCAGCCGCUCGCCCGCCAGCCAGGCGCAGGGCGAGGACUCGGGCAUCGAGUCCAUGGACGCGCUGUCCGAGAAGUCGCCCAACCAGGCGUCGCAGUCGCCGCCCGGGCCCGCGCGCAAGGAGCGGCUCGACAUGCCGCGCUCCACCUCGCCCGCCUCCGUGCAGCGCAUCAUCGGCGUGCUGGAGCCGCGCUACCCGCCCGAGCCCGCCUACCCGCCCGCGCCGCACAUCCGCGACCUGGGCGACAUCGAGGCCGAGCUCGCCAAGAUGCACGCCGACGUCAACGGCGAGCGCGAGCCGCCCGCGCCGCCCGCGCCGCCCGCGCCGCCGCCGCCGCCCGACACCCGGCCCGACGCGCCGCCCGACAAGCUGGGCGACUUCGACCCGCCGCCCAGCCGCGUGUCGCCGCCGCUCUACACCUACUCCAACCAGGAGAAGCUGGCGCCGCCCGACGAGGUCAAGGACGAGCGUCCCGACCGGCCGGAGAACGGCGACGCCUGCGCCGACCGCGCCGAGCCUGACGAUACGCGGGAGCCCAAGCUCGAGAGGCUACCGCUGAAGGCGGACUUCCCCGACAAGAGCCUACUGGAGCAGCUGCUCAUCGAGAUCCCCACGCCGGACUACACGGGCAAGCGGCCCGAGUCGCCCUCGCCCUCGGCGCUGGAGCGCGUGGCGCGCAGCAGCGUCCGCACGCGCUCCAGCAGCAAGCUCAGCUCCCCGCCGAGCCGCCGCGCCUGUCGCCCGCCGCCGACCCCGCGCCGCCCGCCCGCCCCGCGCGCCGCCGCCGCCAAGCGCCGGCGCCGCGAGUCCGAGUCCUCCGGCGCCUCCACGCUCAGCGCCGACGACGACCGCCCCAAGAAGAAGCCGCGCCGCGUGCGCGCGCCCGCGCCCGCCGCCCGCCCGCCCGCCCGGCGCAAGGACUCCGACAGCGACAGCGACGAGCCGCUCAUCUGCAAGGUGCGCGGCAGCGCGCCGGGCCGCGCCCGCCGCGCGACCCGGUCGGCACGCGCCGCUCCGUGCGCCACGGGCCCCGGGCCCCGCGCGCCACGCGCCCGCGGCGCCGCGCCAGCCGCCGGGCCCCGCGCCGCCCGCGCCCCCGCGCCGCCGCAGCCCGCGCCCGUGCGCCGCAAGACCCGCAGCGCCGUGGGCGAGGGCGCAGGCGCGGCGGCCGGCGUGCGGCGGCGCCGGGCCUCCAAGGACAAGUGACGGCGGCGCCGCGCGGAGCCGCGCGAGCCCCGCGACCCCGGCGUGAGCGAGUCCGCCGAGCCCCGCCAGCCGGAGCCGGAGGCGCGGCCGCCCAGCGAGCCGCGGCCGCCCGGCGACGCGUAGGCGCCGCGCCGCACCGCACAUAUACACUAGUACAAUCUGUGACACGAACUGUUCACCACGUACGUAUGACGUCGCGGCCGCCACUAGAGACAUUACGAAACUUUGGUUUGUACCAGUAUGGGUCACGAUUAUAAUAACAUAUUUAAAAUUAACUAAAUUGUAAUAUACGUUGCGAGUUGAAAAUUAAUCCGAAGUGAUUUCCACUAAUCCGCGAUUGGUAAUUGUUCAUUUGAAUGAAUCUCAAUUAAUUAAAUCGAUUGUGAAUUAACACCAGUGUGGAGACUAGUAAAAUUGCAAUACUAACAUUUGAGAAAUACUGUGUUGAUAUUUAACAAAAUAUUACAUGAAAUUGUGUGUUUAUGUGUAUUUAUGAAUUCGGAUGUAUCGUCGGCUGCUAUUUGUUAGGGCUCCCGUGCUAGUGGCGACUGCUAACUAUAUUUAGAAUUAUAACAAAAUCGGUUCUAAUGUGAACGUUAUAUUUUCAAUUCAACUUAAAAGGUAUGGACAAUGAAUAAUUUUAAUCUUAUAAUGACAAUUUUAUUGCAUGUUAUAUUGAAUAAUUAUUUAUUUAUUUACCGUUCGUGGUCGCCACUAGUAUGAUGUCUUCCGUCACUGCAGGUCGGGAAUAGAAAUGGAUUUAGUGAAAUUUAUUUUAGAAUAGAUCCAAUUUAUUUUUAAUUAACGCUUAUAUUAUUUAAUGUUCACACGAAAUCAGAACAUUUCCUAAGCGUAACUCCACCAAAAACAGAAGAAAGAAAUGACUUGUUAAAAAACAUUUCAAAUUAUCAUUUUUAUUGAAUUUGUUAUCUUUUGUCGAUAAUCCAUAACGAUGAAAAAGAUGAAAUCUAUUCUAAAAUGGAUUUCCCCUAAAUCCGUCCUGCAGAGCUAAUCUAUUGAUAUUCAUUAUCGAUUGCGAAACGUAAAGUCGAUAACGCCGGACCCAAUCAAAUGCUGGCAGUCACACUGUUGGUAUAUUUAUUUUUAGUGAACAAAUGUUACCAUUCACUAUAAACACUCGACCUUUUUGUUCUUUUAAGUGUAAGUUUAUUUCUAUCGAGUAAUUUUAAGAGUGUUUGUCUUUAAGUAUGGAAGCUAACGCCGGCUUCAACACUGCAAUUAGUCGAGUUUUAUCAAUAAAUACAUGUUGUAGUUAAUACAGAAUUUAGUAACCAUAGGUACAUAGUGAUGUUGUUGAGUCGACUGAUCGCAGCGCUGAGGCGGGCGCGGGCGGGAACUCGGAACGUUGCCACUGAGCAAGACUCGUCGAGUUUGCGUCGUGGAGAGCCUUAGUUUACUAGUGAAUAGAUGUGUAUCAUUAUUGUACAAAAUGCACUCGACAUAUAGGCACAUUGUUAUAAUAGUAUAAAUACCCGAGAGAUAUAAAGAGAAUGAAAUAAAUGCAUAAAGUUAAAUAUUUUCAUACGUUUUUGCACGUAAUUUCGUGACGUCGAUUCGGUGACGUGAACGCAGCGUUGUAGUUUUUAUAAUGUUUUGGCGGGAGGGCGGCGUCUUUUAUUUGUAAUAUAAAUAUGAAAAAUUGACCAAGAUUACAUCGGUUUUCGGCAGAUAUUUGAAAUUGCUGAAUAUUAGAUGAUAGGUUCAAUUCAAGAUGGCGGCGGCGCUCUCCCGCACAAAACGCUGGCCGCUAUUACGAUGUAACGUUAGCGUUUUUAUAUUUAAGAGAAUUCACGACCAAUAAUUGUAAUUAAAUGUGGAACUUGAUAAUUUCUUAGUGAAUGAGAUAAUAAUCGCGACUGAAUGUUUUAACAGUUUGUCUGUUCGGGCUUCCAGUAAAACUAAAAUUUUAUUUUGACGCCCCAUUUAUUUCGUUACCUCCAGUUAUAUCGACCUAUGUUCCCACCAUCGAUUCAAUCAUUUAAUCCGAAUAUUUAACACCAAAACCCAUAGAUAAUGUACCAGUGAAUCUUAGCUUCUAUUUCGCACUAAGCAUAGUCCAUUAUUGAAUGAAUUUAGUUUUCUAACGCCCAAGUUCACCGACAGCGUAAAUGUCAGUUUUCUUAAAACAACUGUUAAACUUUCAUAAGAAAUAUUUGUUUUAAGAAAAACGAUCGUCUAUAAUGUCGGCGAACUUGGGCUUAAUUAGGCGUUAGUGUUUUAUAUGACAGUUGUUGAACACUCACAGUUAGGAACGUUAUCUUUCGAAGUCGCUCGCCUUAAUGUUCAUCAUUGACAUAAACGAUUGGUUGUACUAAAUUGAACCUUGCAAUAAACUAUUUGCGGACAAAAUCAUUAUUAACAAAACUUAAUAAAAUGGUGGACAAGACAUGGGGUGUCCCACAGAUCUAUUUAAUGAAUAUUUGUCGGGUACGCGGCGGUAGAUCGACACUUCUGAAGGCGUUUCGUGUAGACAGACUCGUUUCGUUCCUGUCUCUAGGGAUACAAACCCAAAGCAAUAAUAUUUGGAUGUGACGUUUUAUUUAAAAGCACAUUUUAGACAGCUUUUACACUAUUAGCUUAGAAGCCGUACAUUUCAGUAUUUUAUAAUUUGUCCCGACGUAUGUUCGUUUGUUCCCCUACCCUUCGAUGAUGUUCAAUGUUAGUCGGACAGUGAUAGUGCUACAAUACAUAACGUGUAUAGUAAGUACCUAGAAUAUAAUGAGAAAAUAUUUUAAUAAUUAGUAAUGAAUUUAUUGCCUGAAUAAAUUGUGCCCUAUAACUGUGUGCCGUGGUAAUGUGUCUGUUAAUGAAAAUAUUAGUGUAUAGAGCGAGAUGCGGCUAGUCUGACAGCUGGACGGCGGAACUGUUUCUAAACGUUUGUUUUCUUAAAUUAUUCAUUACUGUAUCGGUCCGGCCGAUGUACAAUCUCUUGUAAAUUUUUAUGUAUAGAUGGGGAUAUUAAUAUAUGUUACGUUUUAAGUACUUGUUUUCUUUUUAAAAUCAUAUUUAGUUUGGGGAGUAGCGUAUGUAAAUAGACGUGGAGACUAGCGUAUCGUUCCUGAGUGGACCGACUCCUGUAGACAUGCAAAAGCCUUAUACUGUAAUAUAAAAGUAUGACUUGCAAGCUUGUACCAUAUAAUUAUAGUGAAUGAACUCUCAAAUAGCUGUGUAUAUUGGGUGUAUAGUUAUCAUUUUAGUUUAUUUUGUUUUGUUUUUAUUUUCGACUAAUGAUAGUAAUUUAUGCCGAUAAAUAAAUAUCUAUAUUGUACGUUUAUAUAUCUACAAUGAAGAAAGAGAAAUACAAAUAGUUUUAAUAACACUUAUAAAUAUAGUUUAGGGGUUACACCACAUGAGAGUAGGUUAUAGUUUUGUUUACAUUCUAUGGAACUUGUAAAUACAUGCAGAAAUAGUAAAAUGAAAGAAUUGAUACAAUAAAGUUAACUUUAUGUUAUUUGUAAUAUUUUUUCUAGUUCGCGUUGGGCGGCAAGCGCCGCGGGGAAUCAAUUUAGGACAAUGAUAAACGAUGCCUGUAAUUAUUUUUUGUUGCUGGCAAUUUUAUGAAGUUCAGUUUUAUAUUGUGCAUUAUUUUCUCUGUAAGUUGCUUUCACUGUCGUUUCUAGAUUAUUUUUAAAAAUCAUAUAAUUAUUAUAUUGAUAAAAAGUACGAUGAGUCAAGCUGAUCUAUCAUCAUAUUAUUACGAUUGAAGAAAUUAUAUUGAUAAAAGUACGAUUGAGUCAUGCUGAUUUAUCAUAUUAUUACGAAUGAAGAAAUAAGGAAUAUUAUUGUUCUGCUAUUAUUAAAUUUGUAAAGUUAGUUUAUUAAUAAAUGAAUAAAAAAUA